GUUGUUGCUGCUGCUGCAUCUGCUGGGGUUUUCCUUGGGCAAACGCCUGCAUAUUUUGCUGAAGCUGCUGCUGCUGUUGUUGUUGCUGAUGCUGAUGCUGCUGGAGGAGGAGCUGCUGCUGCUGUUGCUGCUGCUGCUGCGCUGCAUCCGGUGUGGCCUGUUGAGGCGUUGGUGUGCGCAUUGGCAUAGCCUGAGAUUGAGCCAUUUGCGCGAAAUGCUGAGAGGAAUGUUGAUUAUGCUGAGGUGUGGGCGUACCCAUAUGAGCAGGGGAAGGAGCAUGUUGCAUUUGCGGAGUCUGAUGUGAAUGAUGCGAGUGGAUGGAUGCAGCGGGUGAUGGCGCGCCAGUAGGUUGAGGCGUCGCCACGGGAUAGUUGGAGUGUUGUGACGUCGGAGGAGUCGUGUUCAUCGUGGCUGUCGGAGACUGUGCAAAGCCGUGUUGUUGGACAUGCGGUGAAGUGACGCGAUGAGAAGCGGCGGAUCCUGGACGAGGUGCCAUGUGUUGAGGUAGACUUGACAGAGGUUGGCCUUGAGAUACGGCAACCCCCUGCUGGUGCUGCGAUUGCGGCGGCGGCGGCGGCGGCGGCUGAGCGUUGGUAUUCUGUCGCAUUUGACUCUGAUGACUCCCGUUGGAGUGAGCUGAAUCCGAU